AAAAUAAAUUAAAAAAGAAACUGUCAUAAAAAAUAGUCCAAGAUGGUCAAAAAAGCAGGUCCAGUCAUCAAAACAGCGCCAGUCGCAACCCACGGAGCUGGAGGCAUACCGUGUUUUUGUUGUCGCUGCUUCACUUGUAUCCACAUAGAAUUUCUCAAGACCCUGCCAGGAAUGGUUAAAGCAUCAGAAGUGGUCAUCAAUUUUAUCAUCCAGGGUCUGUUACUUAAAUACGGCUUGCUCUACCACGCACAAAUCGGAUCUGCCUUCGAAGGUGCAUUAACAACUUCGUCCGCGUGUUUUUUAAACUCAUCAAUUUUGCUGUUGUGUUACAUGUGCUCCGAAAAAUCCUACAAACUCAUCCAGUCUUCGCAGUUUGAAAUGAUAUUUAAUUUCAUUGCCUGCUGCUUUUGCUUGAGUUCAGCAUCGUGUCUUGGAUUUGCAACAACAGUGUUCCUUUGGCCCCUUUAUAUCAUAACACCUGGGUUUUAUGUUUAUCCAGCGAUGACAACAGCUUACUACCUCAGUGGAGUCGUUGGGGUUCUAUAUGGAAUUGACACCUAUUUUGCCUACAUAGAAUAUAGAGGAUAA